GUUAUGGUUUCCAGGGUCUCCCCCAGUCUUGUGUGUGUCCUGUGUGUGAUCCUGCUCCCGGCUGUGUGGGCUGACUACUGCGCCAGCUACAGGGACAAGAAUGGUUACACUCAUGAUGCUGUGCAGUGUCACCCUUAUUUCUGCUGUGGAGACUGCACCAACAGACAGUGCUGCAAUCAAAAGACAUACUAUAUAAGUCAGGCUCAACAAGAGCACUGCUCUGGAAGGGGUGGCUCUGAGAAAAAAAGCCGCCUCGCUACGCUUCUGGGAAGCAUCCUAGGGUCGAUUUUUCCCAUCUUACUCUGUGUGGGCCUCGUCAUCUGCUGUGUGGCUCCUUGCUGCUUGUUCUACAAGAAGUGCAGGAAAGGACGCGGACGAGCAGCUCCAGAAAACGCCAUAUACAACGUGCCCCAGCCCCCACACAAUCCACAGCCACACCCCUCCGGAUAUCCUUCGUCCCACCCCGGCUACCAGCCUGUACCUGCACAGCCUGGAUUUGGAGGCCUACCCUUCCCUCAAGCACCACCAUCAUACGGCGAUCCAAAUAACCCUCCAGUUGCAUACCCCAUGUUUCCACUCCCCGGGCGGCAAUAUGCAGAGCCACCACCAAAGGCAGACGAAGAGGCCCCGCUGCCCUACAACCCUGCUUACCCCGAACUUACUGGAAUGUAA